AUGUCUCAUUUCCAAUCUUUUACACAAACUAAUAUGGACAUUGUCAGAAAUAACUAUUAUUCACCGAGUUCUUCGGAUAUACGCGCGUCUAUUGGAAGAACAAAGAAAAUAACUAAAGAAAUCAAAGAGAUCUACGAUGAUUAUAUUGUAAAUAAAAAUGAUUCUGUUAAAAGAGAAGAACUUGAAAUAAAAUGGGAUUCUCAACUAGAAAAGUUAAAAAAUAGUCUUAAACAUUUAAAAAGAAUUCAAAUUGAUUUUGAUUUCCCAGAAGAAUUAAUUAAUUCAAGAUUGUCGACAUUUAGUAGUCAACAAUUGUCAGCAUUCACAUCAAAAUUUACAUCAUCAGGAUCCACAUCAGAAUCCACAUCAGAAUCUACAUCAGAAUCAACUACCGCCAUUACAUUAGCAUCUACAGCAUCUACAGCAUCUACAUUAACACGUAUUAAUAUUAAAAGUCGAGAGAGUAAACCGAAUAUAAAUUCUUCGUCUUCAGAAAAUAUUACUAUUAUUAAUUCAGUCAAAGAUUCAAAUGACAGAAAUGUUAUGACAAACAAGAAAAAGUCUGAAAAGUCUUUGUCAACUUUUUCGACGAUCGGUAAAAAUUUUCUAUAUUAUGAUGUUGUACCUACUAAACGUAGUGGUGUUUAUGAAGAAGGAACUUUGUUAAAGAGAGUUAAACAUUCUUCAUCCAAUGAUAGUGAUGAUAAUAGAAAUUUAGUUCAUGAAUCACGGCAGAAAGAUAGGAAGAAGAAUGUCGAAAGGGGAACCAAAAUAAAAAUUGAUCCUGAUUUUCUCACCGGAAAUGGAUCGUCAUCAUCAUUUCCUUCCAAAUUGCAACAAAUUUCUAAUAAACUAAUACAGAAUAUUCGAAAAGAAGUAUUUUCAAAUUCAUAUUUUAUACAAACCAAUUCCUAUGAAUCUGAAGUACAAAAGGUUUAUGAACAAUUUAUGCAUGAAAAUGGAUUAGAAAAGGCAUCAUUACUAAAAAAGCAAAAUGAUAUGAUAAACAAAGCUAAAAGUUUAAAUACUAGAAAGGAUCUUCCUAAAAAUUUAGAUGAAGCAGCAAAAUUAAUGACUUAUAUGGCAUCAAAUGAUAUAGUUAUGCAAGAAGAUUUGGAUGAAUUGGAUGAUAAUAGAUUUACCAUUGAUACUAAACCUGUUGUUGGAUUAACUUUAAAUAAAGAGAAUUUUGAAAAUUACAAGUCAUAUAACUUCAAGUGUGGAAGUGGUGAUGUUAAUGAAACUGCAAUGGAUUACAGUGAUCCCGUUAAUCCUAGAUUAGCAAUGGCAUAUAUUGCAAAUGUGGAUCCAAAUUAUAAUAUGACAGGAAAUUUACAAUUUCUUGACAUGGCUUCAGGUGCUGCAUACAAUUUAUAUGGACAUCAUUCUCCAGAUACAGUUACAAAAGAAGAACUUUGGACUACAGUAACUGAUGUUAAAUUCUCUCCUGAUGGAAAAUUUCUUUUUUCUGCAUCUACUGAUUCAACCAUCAAAAUUUGGAAUUUGCAAGAAUCAAAAAAUUUUCAAAAGCCAUAUGAUGCAAAAGUCUGUCAAUCAAGUAUUAAUAGAAUUGCAGUUUCCAAUUAUCCAAAAAUUGGUACAACUUACCAAUUUGCUUCUUUUCAUUCUAUAAAGAGAGAUCAUAAUCAAUAUAAUUUAUCCUCUCAUGAAUUUAAAGAAGAAAAUUGUGAAAAGAGUGCAAAUGAUAUAUUAUUUAAUAGUAUAGGUAAUACUUUGAUAGUUGGUUAUAAUGGAUGUUCUGGUGAUCCAAAAGGUGUGGUAAAAAUAUGGGACGUUAACAGUAGGAAAAAAGGGCCUGCUCACAGAUGUCAAUUUACUUGUAGCGUGAGUUGUAUUGAUAUUUCAAAAAAUGUUUGUGGGACUACUGGAUUUGGAAAUGAAUUAGGUGAUGGAUCUAUGUGGAUUUGGGAUAUUCGUAGUCAAUGUAGAACUCAAACAAAAUGUGAUGAAAAGGAUGCAAAUGUAAUUGCAAUUUCUCCAAAUGAUUUUUAUAUAGCUCUAGGAGGGACUUCAAAUAAUGUUUAUGUUUUUGAUACUCGACAAUUGAACACAAUACUUCGUGUUUUACGUCACGAAGAACCAAAUGAUGGAUUACCACAUGACGGCAUAAUGUCAUUGCAGUGGAUUCCUGACAGUAAUAUCUUAUUGAGUGGAGGAAAUGAUAAUUAUGUGAAAAUAUGGAAUAUUGGUGAUUUUGAAAAUAAAUUGAUUUAUCAGUUUACAAAUCAUGAUAGUCCUGUUACAUCUAUCAGAAUAUCUCCUGAUUUCAAGUUAAUGACUGUUGGAGUUUCAACUGGUAAAAUGUAUGUUUAUAGCACAAAUCAAAACCUCAUUGAUGCUGGUAACAAACUUAAAUAUUUGUAG